CCAUUUCAAAGAAUCUCUGCCUUCUACUAAUGUGGAACUUAUAUAUUUGGCUCAUCAGGUCUUUUUGUUUUUCAGCUCUCCAGGCUAAAAAAGACAUGAUUGAGUAGUUAUAGUCCUUCUACCAUUACAGGUUGCUUGCUAUUCUGACUGGUUAGAGUAGACCUUUAACCCCUUUACUACAAAACCAAAAUGUAUUAGACAAAUUGGUCAUAUGCGUAUCCAAAAGAUCUUCAAGUUGCUAGCAAGGGAACAAAGUGUUGAAAAAAUGAGCCAAUUCAGAGAAGGUGUGGGUAUGGAGGGAAAUAAAAUGGUUACGUAAGUAGCUAGUUAGAUAAAGAUUCUAAUCAGUUGUAACCCAGGAAAACAGGCAGGAAGUUCUGAGAUGCCAGGGGUGCCCACAGUCAUGGAAGAAACAGAAGUCAAAAAGUCAAUGAUACAGAUGGACCUACAGCUGUUUAUUGCAAUAACAAUGUUUCAUUUCCCAACAGUAGUGUAUAACAAGUCCAACUAAUCAUUAAAGUAUGAAGCAGGCAGCUCAGCACCUAUAGCUCAGCAGCUAGAGUGCCAGCCACAUACACUGGAGCUGACAGGUUCAAAUCCAGCCCAGGCCUGCCAAACAAUGAUAACUACAACCACAACAACAAAACAAUAGUUGGGCAUUGUGGUGGACGCCUGUAGUUCCAGCUACUUGGGAGGCUGAGGUAAGAGAAUCGCUUAAGCCCAAGAGUUGGAGGUUGCUGUGAGCUGUGAUGCCAGGGUACUGUACCCAGGGCAACAGCUUUGAGACUCUGUCUCUGGAAAAAAAUAAAAAGUAUGAAGCAGGGUUAAAAAGAGAUGGAGGGCAGAACAGCAAAUAACAAGUUCGGCUUAUUUUAAUUUUUUAUUUUAUUUAUUUAUUUAUUAGACAGAGUUGCACUGUGCUGCCAUUGGUAGAAUGCCGUGGCGGGACAUCUCACAGCAACCUCAAACUCAUGGGCUUAAGUGAGUCUCUUUCCUCAGCCUCCCAAGUAACUGGGACUACAGGUGCCCGCCACAACACCUGGCUAUUUUGUUGUUGUUGUCAUUGUUGUCCAGCAGGCCCAAGCUGGGUUAGAACCUGCCAGCCCCAGUGUAUGUGGUCGGUGCCCCAACCACUGAACUACGGGCGCUGAGCCUUCUUUUUUAAAUUUUUUUUAUUUUUUGACUUAUUUUAAAAUAAGCAGCCACCAGAGAAUUUCUCACGCUGUUAGCAAAUAUUUGGAAUACAGUUUGCCUAUUCUUUAGUUUGGUAUUUUUUUCUUUAACAACUUUAUGCAGUUUCCAAGUUUCUUCUUGAUUCAAAGUUCUCCCUAUGCCUAACCUGUAUUCACUACUGCAGCUGGGACCAAUCCUAGUACAUGGACCCAGUUUUCCAAUUUGGUGUUUGUUGUUGUUGUUCUUUGAGACGGAGUCUCACUAUGUCGCCCUUGAUAGAGUGCCGUGGCAUCAUAGCUCACAGCAACCUCAAACUCUUGUGCUUAAGCGAUUCUCCUGCCUCAGCCUCCCAAGAAGCUGGGAUCACAGGCACCCUCCACAAUGCCCAGCCAUCCUUUGGUUGCAGUUGUAUUUGUUUGGCCUGGGCUGAAUUUGAACCUGUCAGCUCCAGUGUAUGUGGCUGGUGCCCCAGCCACUUGAGCUACAGGUACCAAGCCUGUUUGUUCAUUGUUUUUUUGAGACAGUCUCACUCUGUUGCCCCAGGUUAGAGUACUGUCCUGUCAUAGCUCACAGCAACCUCAAACUCCUGGGCUCAAGGGAUCCUCUUGCCUCAACCUCCUGAGUAGCUCUGUCUACAGGUAACUGCCACAAAGCUCAGCUAGUUUUUCUAUUUUUUUUUUUUUUUAGGAGAGGUGGGGUCUCACUCUUGCUCAGGCUGGUCUCUAACUCCUGAGCUAAAACAAUCCACUCCUCUCGGCCUCCUAGAGUGCUAAAUUUACAGGCUUGAGCCACUGGUGAUCUUCCACUUUAAAACAGAAUCUGCGUCCCUACUCCACACUUACCUUGUAUUAUUUUGGCUCCAUAAAACUUACAUAUUUAUUAUGUAUCUUGUCUCUUACCACUCCCAAAUGUAAAUUCAUAAGGAUUUUUUUUUUUUUGAGACAUUGUCUCUCUUUGUAGCCCUCGGUAAAGUGCCAUGGCGUCACAGCUCACAGAAAUCUCAAACUCUUGGGCUUAAGCGAUCCUCUUGCCUCAGCCUCCCAAGUACCUAGGACUAGAGGCGCCUGCCACAACGCCCGGCUAUUUUUUGUUGCAGUUGUCAUUGUUGUUUAGCUGGCCCGGGCCGGGUUCGAACGCCACCCUCGUUGUAUGUGGCUGGCGCCGUAACCACUGUGCUACGAGCGCUGAGCCCAUAAGAAAUUUAUUGUCUGAUUUGUUCUCUGCUGUAUGUCCAGCGAUUGAAACUAAUGAAUGAGGAGGCUGAGGCAAGAGAAUCCCGUAAGCCCAAGAGUUAGAGGUUGCUGUGAGCCGUGUAAUGUCAUGGCACUCUACCCGAGGGCGGUACAGUGAGACUCUGUCUCUACAAAAAAAAAAAAAAAAGAAAAGAAACUAAUGAAUGAGUACACAUUAGGCGCUCAUUUCUUCGUUGCAUGAACUUGUGAGUGAAGGACUCACAGAAUGACCAUCAGGGGGCGGAAGAGAGAUUGGAUACAGGUAAAAAUGAGGAAAAAUGUAUUCUGGUACCGUUCCACGAAGUUUGGACUCGCUCGGUUACCGUAGUGCUUGGGCCAGAAAAACCCAGUUCCUUCCGGGCUCUGCGUAGCGGUAAGAAGGCUUGGGGCUGUCGGAGAAAGAAUCCAGAGAUCAUAAGACAGUUCUCUUCCGGAGCCGAAGCUCUUGCUCAAGGCUCCAGGCCUCUGACCGGCCCGGCCGCCAGCUCGGCUGCUCUAGACGCUUCGGGGCGGGGAGCUGAGAGCGCGGGUCGCCAUGGCGACGCCGGCGGGCCUGGAGCGCUGGGUUCAGGACGAGCUGCACUCGGUCCUGGGGCUGAGCGAGCGGCACGUUGCUCAGUUUCUGAUCGGUACAGCACAGCGCUGCGCGUCGGCGGAGGAAUUUGUGCAGCGACUACGAGACACCGAUACCUUGGACCUCAGCGGGCCGGCCCGGGACUUCGCCUUGAGACUCUGGAACAAGGUACCACGGAAAGUGGUGUUGGAAAAGCCAGCUCGGGCUGCAGAGCGAGAGGCCCGAGCCCUGCUGGAGAAGAACCGAUCUUAUAAGUUGCUAGAAGACAGUGAGGAAAGCAGUGAGGAGACUGUGGAUAGAGCUGGGAGCAGCCUCCAGAAGAAACGCAAAAAACGGAAACACCUCAGGAAAAAGCACCAGGAGGAAGAGGAAGAGGAGGAGGAAGAUACUUCUGAGAAAGGGAAGAAGAAGACAGGAGGGAGUAAUCAGCAGGCGGAGAAGCCAGAGUCAGAAGAUGAGUGGGAACGGACAGAACGAGAGCGCCUUCAGGACCUGGAGGAACGUGAUGCCUUUGCAGAGCGAGUUCGACAGCGGGACAAGGAUCGGACCCGAAAUGUCCUGGAACGGUCAGACAAGAAGGCUUAUGAAGAGGCACAGAAGCGUCUCAAAAUGGCUGAGGAAGACCGGAAAGCCAUGGUCCCUGAGUUGCGGAAGAAAUCCCGCCGAGAGUACCUGGCUAAGAGGGAGCGAGAGAAGCUUGAGGACCUGGAAGCAGAGCUGGCUGAUGAGGAGUUCCUUUUUGGGGAUGUAGAGCUGAGCCGGCAUGAGCGCAGGGAACUCAAAUAUAAACGGCGAGUACGGGAUCUGGCCCGGGAGUACCGGGCUGCUGGAGAGCAGGAGAAGCUGGAGGCCACCAAUCGCUACCACAUGCCCAAGGAGACCCGAGGACAGCCAGCUCGAGCUGUGGAUCUAGUGGAGGAGGAAUCAGGUGCCCCUGGAGAGGAGCAGCGGCGCUGGGAGGAGGCACGGCUAGGGGCAGCAUCCCUGAAGUUUGGGGCCCGAGAUGCUGCUUCCCAGGAGCCCAAGUAUCAGCUGGUGCUGGAGGAGGAGGAGACCAUUGAGUUUGUACGGGCCACUCAGCUCCAAGGUGACGAGGAGCCCUCAGCUCCAUCCUCUUCAACCCAAGCUCAGCAGAAAGAGUCCAUCCAGGCUGUUCGCCGCAGCCUCCCGGUGUUCCCAUUCCGAGAGGAGCUCCUCACUGCCAUUGCUAAUCAUCAAGUCCUCAUCAUCGAAGGCGAGACUGGCUCAGGGAAGACUACCCAAAUCCCACAGUAUCUUUUUGAGGAGGGUUACACAAGGAAGGGUAUGAAGAUUGCCUGUACUCAGCCUCGGAGAGUGGCGGCCAUGAGUGUGGCUGCCCGAGUGGCCCGGGAGAUGGGUGUGAAGCUCGGGAAUGAGGUUGGCUACAGCAUCCGCUUUGAGGACUGCACAUCAGAGCGAACUGUCCUCCGCUACAUGACAGAUGGAAUGCUUCUCCGGGAGUUCCUCUCUGAGCCUGACCUUGCGAGUUACAGCGUGGUGAUGGUAGAUGAGGCUCAUGAACGGACCCUACACACAGACAUUCUCUUUGGAUUGAUCAAAGAUGUUGCUCGCUUCCGACCUGAGCUCAAGGUCCUGGUGGCUUCAGCCACACUGGACACUGCCCGCUUUUCUACGUUCUUUGAUGAUGCCCCUGUGUUUCGAAUCCCUGGGCGCAGGUUUCCAGUGGACAUCUUCUAUACUAAGGCUCCAGAAGCUGACUACUUGGAAGCUUGUGUUGUAUCUGUGCUACAGAUCCAUGUGACCCAGCCCCCUGGGGACAUCCUGGUUUUCUUGACAGGACAGGAGGAGAUUGAAGCUGCCUGUGAGAUGCUCCAGGAUCGCUGCCGCCGCCUGGGCUCCAAAAUCCGGGAGCUCCUGGUGCUGCCCAUUUAUGCCAAUCUACCCUCUGACAUGCAGGCUCGUAUCUUCCAACCCACACCCCCUGGGGCACGAAAGGUGGUUGUGGCAACAAACAUUGCCGAGACAUCGCUCACCAUUGAGGGCAUCAUUUAUGUGCUGGAUCCAGGGUUCUGUAAGCAGAAGAGCUACAACCCCCGCACAGGCAUGGAAUCACUUACUGUCACACCCUGCAGCAAGGCUUCAGCCAAUCAGCGAGCUGGCCGGGCAGGUCGGGUGGCUGCAGGGAAAUGCUUCCGCCUGUAUACUGCCUGGGCCUAUCAGCAUGAGCUUGAGGAAACCACAGUGCCUGAAAUCCAGAGGACCAGCCUAGGCAAUGUCGUGUUGCUGCUCAAGAGCUUAGGGAUCCAUGACCUAAUGCAUUUUGAUUUCCUGGACCCUCCACCAUAUGAGACCCUGCUGCUGGCUUUGGAGCAGCUGUAUGCUUUGGGAGCCCUCAACCACCUCGGGGAGCUCACAACGUCUGGUCGAAAGAUGGCAGAGCUGCCGGUGGAUCCCAUGCUGUCUAAAAUGAUCUUGGCCUCUGAGAAGUACAGCUGUUCAGAGGAGAUCUUGACAGUGGCUGCCAUGCUCUCUGUCAACAAUUCUAUCUUCUACCGACCCAAGGACAAGGUUGUCCAUGCAGACAAUGCCCGUGUCAACUUUUUCCUUCCCGGGGGUGACCACCUGGUUCUGCUAAACGUUUACACACAGUGGGCUGAGAGUGGUUACUCUUCCCAGUGGUGCUAUGAGAACUUUGUACAGUUCAGAUCUAUGCGCCGAGCCCGGGAUGUGCGGGAACAGCUGGAGGGGCUCUUGGAGCGUGUGGAAGUUGGUCUCAGUUCCUGCCAGGGGGACUAUAUCCGUGUACGUAAGGCCAUCACUGCUGGUUACUUUUACCACACAGCACGGUUGACUCGUAGUGGCUACCGAACAGUGAAACAGCAGCAGACAGUGUUCAUUCAUCCCAACUCCUCCCUUUUUGAGCAACAGCCACGCUGGCUGCUCUACCAUGAACUUGUCUUGACCACCAAAGAGUUCAUGAGACAGGUAUUGGAAAUUGAGAGCAGUUGGCUUCUGGAGGUGGCUCCCCACUAUUAUAAGGCCAAGGAGCUAGAAGAUCCUCAUUCUAAGAAAAUGCCCAAAAAAAUAGGCAAGACAAGAGAAGAACUGGGGUAACAGAAAGGGACAUAAAUAGAAUCUGACACCAGCUCCUUUUCUGUCUAUACAUUAUUUAAUAUCUAUUAAAUAAAAUUAUUUUUGAAAUAAA